AUGAGCGGCCUAGCAGGGAAGCUGGACCCUCGGAGGAUACAAUGGAGAUCAGCGUGGAACACGUUUACCUCCCGGGUCCUGAGGACCAAACCGGUGGAGUCUAUGUUGGAUUCAGCCAUGACAGGCACCAGCUCCCAUGGGACCAGGCUGGCCCGGGUUUUAUCUACUGUGGACCUGGUUUCUCUGGGUGUGGGCAGCUGUGUCGGGACUGGAAUGUACGUGGUGUCUGGGCUGGUUGCUAAGGAAAUGGCCGGUCCGGGGGUCAUCGUGUCCUUUAUAAUCGCCGCUGUGGCCUCCAUUCUGUCAGGUGAGACUCUUUUUUUCUGCCUUUUAACUCCCCCAGUGUCUCUUUCUCUCUCACUGGGCUGAAAAUAACACACUAUAGGCCACACUAUAAAGGUUACAGGCAUCCUUAUCACCAUGACACUGAUAAGAUUUAUAUGAAGAGCCUUUUAAUAACUGUGCAAUUAUAACAAGGGCAAAGACAUCAAACGGGCAGAGCUAUAAUAUCAAAGGCAGUCAGGGAUAUCUUAGCACGAGCUUGAAGCCGAUAUCAAAUCCUGCACCUCAGCCUUCCUGUAAGAUUGUAACACAGUAACAUGACUGGUGAAUGUGUGUCUCUGUGCUACAGGAGUGUGUUAUGCCGAGUUUGGCGUGCGGGUGCCUAAGACCACAGGUUCAGCCUACACGUACAGCUACGUGACGGUGGGCGAGUGCGUGGCGUUUUUCAUCGGCUGGAACUUAAUCCUGGAGUAUCUGAUCGGCACAGCGGCCGGGGCGUCGGCUCUCAGCAGCAUGGCGGACUCGCUGGCCAAUCACAGCAUUAGCAACUUUAUGACAACACACAUCGGGACGCUCAACGGACUGGGUGAGUGGAGAGGGAUGGAUGGGUUUUUCUACUAGUUGUGAUUUGUUGCUGAAAUAGCUAAAAGCAGUCUUAACCCAAGUUAUAAAUAUGGCCCCCUGGUGGUUGUUGCCAGUACUGCAGGUAAGCUAUAAAGGUUAAAACAAAGUUGUUCUACCUUUUGAUUUUGAAAUGAAGGGGACAUUAAAGGCAGGGUAGGCAGGAUCUGAGGAAGUGCCAGUUUUUGGGAGAAAUCUUGAAAGUAAACUCUACCCCUCCCAACCAGUUUUCCCCUCAGCUCCUCCUCUCCCCUCCCUCUCUGCUCCAGCAAGCCCCGCCCACAAACAGACGCUCCUGCUUGCUCGUAUCGUUCCAAUUAAAUUCAGAUAUAAUGCAGAUAAAUACUUCAGGUUAUUACAAAUGGGGCCCAGUCAAGGUGAAAGUCAAAAGCAUUGGUGCUACUGUAGAUGCCAACAGACUACCAGCAAACACAAUGUUUGCCGGACUAAAGUAACAUAGUCCAGGACCCGGAUCAACAGUUUAGCAGCGCUCAAACACACAGCAGGUCCCAUUUGACAAGAAUCACUUCUGUUACAGACACUUGGUUUACUUUGUUGAAGCUGUUUUGUCCAGCAGAAAGGUUACAGGGUCCGUAAGAUCCCGAAGCGUUCACCGAUGUUGACCCGGCUUUUUAGCUCUUGUCUGGUCUACCUCCAUUUUAAGUGCCGGUAUCCUGCCAGAGUCUCCGGCAUUUACUUUGUUUUAUUACUUGUGUUUUCUGUACUUUCUGGUUGGUUUCUACUGUCCGAUGUUGUACCAAGCUAACUUUGUUUGGGCUCGUGAACAUUAUUCAGGUACGUUGAGCGUGCCAAUCAGCACUAAGGAGCAGGGUCCGCCUCACAACCAGUCUGAGUCUGGCUGAGAACAGCUUUGUUUACAGUCAGAAAGAGCGGGCCGCUUAAAAAAUUUGAAAUGUUGACUAAACAGACAUAACAAAACACAGCAAUAUCGUUAUAUUACCAAAUGUCAUCAAUAACUAAUAGCUAUUGACUGAUAUUCAAAGCUUUUUUGUAUUUACACGACAAAAAAAGAUGCUUCUUUAACAGAUUCCUUCCUACCCCACCUUCAUGGUGUAUGGUAUGGUAUCGGAUCACAUCCAAUCGAAUCGUAUUCUAUUAUUUGAUAUUGUAUUGUAUCACAUUCCAUGGUAUAGCGACAGGACUGAUGACAAAGCACUUUACCCACACUCAGUCAAGUCCCUCUGAGGAUAAACACUCUCUUUUGCCAUUAUAACCUGAGUGAGAGGGUCAGACGGAUCUUAUCUUGUCUCACUGUAGAUUUCCAUCCGUUACUUUGAGCUUUGGGGCUUCAACCAGAGUUCCUCAAGACUGAAUGACAAAUCUGUCCGUCCACAGAAGCAGAUUUAAUUUACCCCAUCCUUGCCUUCGUCUGGCAGUCUGCACAGCAGCAUAUGUUAUCCUUCCCUCGGUAUCAUGAAUUAUCCUCUCAGCUGAAACAAAAUGUCAUCUGUAUCCUCUAGAUGACAUAAUGACACCAACUCAGUGAGCUGCUCUUCUUCAAUGACAGUAAAUAUUUGAAAUACUGAUAAUAAAGGAACAUUACACCAACUGGGAAAUCACCCAACCAACAUCAGAUAAUUUCCAGGGAGCAGAUGAGUGAUGUUUCUUUAUCUUGGAAAAGUUACCAGCCACACUAAUGUCUUCAGUUUCUUACAAAAUCACAUCCCACACUUUUCUAUGACAAAACCAGUGAAAAAAAGGGGAAUUCCACAUUAUCUGGCGUAACGCUAUAUCUGCUGUGUGUGCCAGCUGUGUGUAUCUAGAUGACACCGCCCUGACAGCCUCUUCCUGUAGAACAGGGUGGCAAUGGUCACAUGAUAACCACAUGUCCAGAUGGUUCACAACAUAACGGAAAUAAAUGUUUCCUUUCCUGCCAGUGGAAAACAGCUGUUUCUAUACAGGAAAGGGAAAAUGUGGGGUUAACCUGGAUGUAGUCGAUGUAUUCUCUGUGUGAUUAUAUAUGUACGUGCACAUACAGAGAUUGAGUUUGGGAGUGUAGAGGAGAAAAGCAUUGGCACUGCUCAGACAAAUUACCAAAUCUCAGAAAACCCCUUAAGGUGCUUGAAGAAAAUAGUCCACAUUAGGAAAGAUAUUAAGUAGAAGUGCCGUAAUUAUCCAGAUGUUAAUAAAGAACGUUCAACUAAAUGUCCCAGCAUACUCACAGCGCUGAGUCACUCCAUCAUGGCAGACUUCAAUUAUUCCUCAAGCAGGCUGAUACCAUGAAAUAAUAAUUUUGAUUAAUGGUCUACUUAGUUGGGCUUAAAGUUUACUUAACAGAAAGAACAACUUACUUACUAUUAAAAAAUUGUUGCGUUAGCCAAAUCAAAAAUCUCAGUGACUAGUUUGCAGCUGACUUUGUGCAGUAAAAAAGAUAGGACGGUGGAUAGAGCUGGAAACUGAGGAGAUAGAGAGUUGAGUGGCAAAUUUAUCGUAUAUCGUAUCGUAUCAUUUAUCGUAUUGUAUAUCGGAUCGUAAAAUGUAUCGUGUCAUAUUCUAUUGUAUUAUGUCAUAUUGUAUCAUAUAUUGUAUCAUAUCUUAUCAUAUAUUGUAUCAUAUUGUAUAUCGUAUUGUAUCAUAUCUUAUAUAGUAACGUAUCCAAUUGUAUCUUAUAUAGUAUCGUAUCGUAUUGAUCGUAUCGUAUCUUAUAUAGUAUCAUAUCGUAUCGUAUCUUAUACAGUAUCGUAUUGUAUCUUAUAUAGUAUCGUAUCGUAUCGUAUUGUAUCGUAUCGUAUUGUAUCGUAUCUUAUAUCGUAUCGUAUUGUAUUGUAUCAUAUUGUAUCGUAUCGUAUCGUAUUGUAUCGUAUCAUAUCGUAUCGUAUAUUAUAUCGUAUCGUAUUGUAUCUUAUAUAGUAUCGUAUCAUAUCGUAUUGUAUCGUAUCGUAUCGUAUCGUAUCGUAUCUUAUAUCGUAUCGUAUCGUAUCUAUCGUAUCGUAUCGUAUCGUAUCUUAUAUCGUAUCGUAUUGUAUCUUAUAUCGUAUUGUAUCGUAUCGUAUUGUAUUGUAUCAUAGCGUAUCAUAUCGUCUCAAAGGCCAUAAGCCAGACCCGAAUUCUGGCUGCCUGAUUUGAAGGCUGUGAUACCGCUCAUAAAUCAUGCGGAAGAUUAAUACGUUUAACCCCAAUUACCCAGCAGUUAUCACUAGUAUUCACCAGGUUUCACUGAGGAUCAAAUCAGCCCCGAUCAAAAAUGUAGUUCAGUUAAAACACAACUCUCCUCAUUGCAUGCGAUGUUAACCCAGAGAGCUGAGCUCUCUUUGUCGAGCUGUGCCUGCAGUGCUUUCAUGUAGAGUGCAUUGCAGAUGAGCAGUAAGCACGUCGGUGCUCUGCUGCAGUUCUUUUGUAAAUUCUGGCUCCAACAUUCACAGCUGAGUAUAGAGGUCAGAGAAGAUAUCACAAGAGUUAUUCUCAAAUGUAACAUCCUCUGUGCAACAUUUUUAUUCAGCGAAUCCUAAGACGAGAGGUCCAAGCUCAAAGAAAAAAAGAAGGCUUAAAAACUCAGCUGCCAAGGUUUUGACUAGCACCAAGCCCCAGCAGUACAUCACCUCCACCCUCGUCCACUCUCACUGGCUCCCAAAACAAAAUCCUCCUCCACUCCCCCACUGAGCCCCAGAAGCCACAACCCUCAGGCAUGUGUCAGACCCACAUCCCCAGCACUGAACUCCAAACUUUCAGGAGGGGAGGGCUUUCAGUGUGGCAGCUUCCACCUUCUGGGGCUCUCUUCCUGCAGCUAUUUACAACACCAUAUCUCUGGAUCGCAGGCUCGGGUGUUUUAUAAUUCAAACUGUUAUUAUUGCUGUUAUUGUUUUUCACAGAGAUGGCCACAAUUAAUCCCACAUUUCACUCUGUUUCCUGUUUAUCUAUGGAUAAAGACUUUAACCUUUACGACAGUCAACCUGGUAAUUCUGUUCAAAGUGAAUGGAAGUUAAUGUUAAACUUAAAUCAAUGGACCUGUCUUUCUCAGGUUAAACAGCCUCACUGUGGAGCGUUCAGAUCUGCUGUCAUUGUGCUGAAUUUCUGUGGUGAAGUUAAGCAACACAAAAUUGACAAUGCUGAAGAAAAAUGGGUAAAAAAGAAGUCAAAAUUUCCAAUAUUUGUUUAUUUUUCUAAAUGAACACUCAUGUUAGAAGGUAAUACAAAGAGCAAUGCCAAUAAUUUACUACCAAUACAUUAAGGGACGUGUGCCCAGUGCUGAUUAUUCAACCCAUUAACCUAAUUAAUGGCCCAGACAACAAACGAUUUUACAGCUAUGCAGAGUUGCACCCCGUAGACACAAAACAUACUGACAACAAAUGGAGCACCACCUGGGAGCUAGUUCGGACAGGCUGCUGUAGCUGCACCGCACAUCAGACAUACAUCAACUCGCAAUCACCUGGCAAGAUACCCUUCCCAACCUAAACCGACAGGUUAUCAAUCUCUGCCUCUGCUCUGUCACUAUCUCAGCUCUCCACUUUCCCAGCGUCCACUCUCAGACUCUGACUGGAGGCUCUAGAUAUAAUCUCAACACACCCCAAAUAUCUGCAUGUAAACUCAAACUGAACCAAGACGCCCAACAAAAAUAAUGAAUGUUUUCGACCUGAUUUGUCCAGCUAAACUGAGGGUGUUUCUCUUUGUUACUAUGGUAACUAUAAAUAGACAUCUCUUAGAUUGAAUCGCAGAUAAAUUAGGCACUAAUCAGACAAAAUGGACAAAUAUUUGUUGUUUCUUUUUACUCAAAUAAAAAAUUGGCAGUUUUCCCUUGAUUUCUAUCUUUUAAAACUUAACAUCUGUGAUCUGACGGAGACGGUUUUUCGCAGCAACAUCAUGAAAAAUGCAUGGAAGUCUCAACCCUGAUGUGUUUUAUCUCAAAGGUAAAGGGGAGCAGUCGUACCCGGACCUGCUGGCUCUGCUGAUAGCCCUGCUGGUGACGGUGAUAGUGGCUCUGGGAGUGAAGAACUCAGUGGGCUUCAAUAACGUGCUAAAUGUCAUCAACCUCAUCGUGUGGGUGUUCAUGAUGAUCGCAGGGCUGUUCUUCGUCAACGGAGAAAACUGGGACGAGGGGAGAUUCCUGCCCUUUGGCUGGGGAGGGGUAUGUCCACACAGAGAAAUACACACACAACAGCUCCUUGUCAGUUUCUUUCUCCGUUGACUUCGCUAGUAAACGAAUUAGAAAUGUCCCGCUUUCUGCCCCCUGGCUACAUGCGCAUACCUGCGAUGACGACGCACAGAAACCCGUCUAUAACUAUCAAUGUAAUAAAAAGUCUAUUUAAAACUGCUUGAACUAUUUUACUUCACAUGUAUGGAUAUGUUAGAGAUUCCCUAUGAAAAAAGGACUAGUUCACUAUUUUUGAUUUAGUCACAAGUAACAUAUAAUACAGAAGUUUUUUCGGAGGCAGGGGAAGUGGUCAACUAUCUGUAUCAUCUAUUUCCUUCAUUGUAUUUCAGGUGAUGCAGGGAGCAGCCACCUGUUUCUACGCCUUUAUUGGAUUUGACAUCAUUGCCACAACAGGAGAGGAGGCCAAGAGUCCAAACACCUCCAUCCCUUACGCCAUCACUGCGUCACUCAUCACCUGCCUCACGGCGUAUGUCUCUGUGAGUCUCCGCCAACACCACGAACACGCUGUAUAAACAGCUGAUCCUUUAAUCAUGAGGGGUAAUAAAGACUUGUUUUUGGUUCUACCUGAAAGUGUUUCCCUAAACUCGCCGACAGAAGGAUAGAGAGAUCAAACACGCUUCCCUCUGCGCCGGUGUGUUUUCUACCUCAUCCCUGAUCUUUACGUAUUCAGCUUGCACAGCCUACCAGACGCUUUACUUUAACACGUUUGUUCUGGAUGGUUGUUGCUAUGGGUACAGUGCUAUGGUAGCCAAUCAGACGGGAGAAUUUUUAAGCAUCGCCUGGGGGCCAAAGAUUGCAUCAACUUCAAAUCUCUGCUACUUGUCUGAGAAUAACUCCUCUUUCUAUGUCUCCCAGCUGCGUCUGUUUCCUCACAUCACGCCUCUCGUGUUACAAACUCGACUUUUUAAGCCUGUCUUUGAACUUCAUAUGAUUUAUCUCACUCUGGGAGCAUCUUUUGAUAACUUUUUGUCCCAUCUGGAUCUUCUCUGCCUGCUGAAUCUGUUUAUUAAUUCAAGAUGUUACAUGUCAGAUCUUUAUUUCUCAUUGAGUUUAUAUAUCCAGAGAUUUUUUCCUCUUCUAUAAUACCUCAUUCUCAAGCUCUGCAGUCGAGGAAAUAAACACUAAACACAGCAGAGAAGAAGGGAAUCAUUUAAAGAAGCUCUGGGGAAACCCCUUUUCUCAGAGGGGACUCGUACGGCGGUCCAAACUCUGAACUCGCUCACACUGAGCUGAAAUAGAGUCAUUAUUUUAAUCAGGAUCAACUUCAGGAUUCCCUCGGCAUCAGCUGACUCUUUUGACUGAUCCACAAACACCGUGAACCAUCCUGCGACCAGAUUGAUUUCAGGGUUAAAGGUCAUAAAGGAAACUGAUCCCUGUACGUCCCCUCUGUGAGGGUUAGUCUUUUUAUCAUUCCUCCGACUUUGCAAUCUGUUCAUGCAAAUCCCUCGGCUCUGCAGCACAGUCUCGCUGACAGAUGGCCCUGCAUGAUUUCACACGUCAGACACGAGGUUCAAAACCGUGCACAAAUUAACACACGCACGUGCGUACACAGACACACAGUGAUGGAGUAGCAUGACUAAUGAACAUCCUGUGUGUGAUGUGAUAUGCAGAGCGCUAAAGGCACUUUCUGCAGAGCUGGGCUGAGUGACUGGAGCUCAGGACUUUAUAAAUAAUUAUAACGUCUGUCAAGUUUUUCUGAUGAGUUUGGGAAAAAAAAUCACAGCCUCACCAUGAAGUCUGUUUAGAGGCUGUUCUUCAGCUUCUUAUCUGAGAGUUUCAGAUCAGAUGUCAGUCCAGUAAACAGACCAUAAAGGUCACUGAGUAGCUGCUCUAGCAGUUUCACUUAUGUAAGAUUACCUUCACGUGAAUUCUUGAUUUUUCAACAUUGAUAACCAUAAAGCACUUGUUGAGUCAGCACUCAAAAUUGGUCAUAAAAAUAACUCUGGGAGGAAAUAAGCAAAGGAAUAAGAAAAAUAUUGGGUUACAAGCUCCCCAUGACCUUUGACGUGAUGUACCUGGGCAAUCUUACACAGGAAAACAUACAAACUAGAGACAGAUACUGAACUAAAAUACUUCUCUCAGCAUCAAAGAAGGUCAUCACGGGGAAUAGGUGUAAGGAGAAUCCACUCAAUCAGAAAACUGUCUGGACACGGUGGAAGAACUAUAUGCAGUGGAGAAACUAACACAUGCGUUAUGAUUCCAGCGAGAAACAAACACUCAAAAGUCGGAAAAAUGAGUCAGAUAUAAACCUAUUCACAUUACAUUAAAAAAUGGACAACUUUGAUGGAGUCUUCAUGGACAAUCUUCUUUUCUUCUCCGUGAAUGACAUCAUGUUUUGAUGCAAAUAAAAUUUAAGUUAAAAAAAAAUGAAAAUAACUCUGAGUGGAAACAUAAGAAAACUGAAGGUACACGUAUCAGUGAGUCCAAACUCUUGAACACUUUUCCCUGUUCAGCGUGUCUUUACUGACGAUCUGUUUGUAUCGACUCUUUUCAGGUUUCUGUCAUCCUGACCCUGAUGGUACCGUACAACGAGAUUGACGCUGAUGCACCGCUCAUGGAGAUGUUCGCCAUGCACGGCUGUAUGUUUGCUAAGUACAUCGUGGCAGUGGGCUCUAUAGCAGGACUGACCGUGUCCCUCCUGGGGUCCCUCUUCCCCAUGCCGAGAGUCAUCUACGCCAUGGCAGGAGACGGCCUCCUGUUUAAGUACGUCCAUACGCCGACUCAGGACUGUUUAUUUUUAAAUCGAAUCGGCGAGUUUCAUAAAUCCUGAUAUACUCUUCUCUUCAGGUUCCUUGCCAACGUUUCUACCUACACAGAGACCCCUGCUAUCGCCUGUGUGGUUUCAGGCUUUCUGGCUGCCCUGCUCUCUCUCCUGGUCAGCCUCAGGGACCUCAUAGAAAUGAUGUCCAUAGGAACCCUGCUGGCCUAUACCCUGGUGAGUGGCAGAUAAUGAUGCUCUCCAGGUCCAUAAAGGCCAUAUGGAUAGUCGCAGGGCAGAGCUGACUCACUAAUUCAGCUCUCUGCAUCACAGCGAUUUACUUCCGGCACUUAUCAGUGUCGACAUGCCAGUGGACACACAAUGCAAUCUGUCGUGACAGAACCCGUUUUUUAUUCAAGAGUUUUGUGCUUAGUCCUCUAAUUUCUUCCCUUAAAGUUUGUCGAGGAAUUUAAUUUACUUGCAAAGUUAUGUUAAUGUGAGAUUUGUGAAAGAGUCAAAGGAGCUUUCAAUUACUGCACACAGCCAGAAGGAAUCUGCCGGAUAGACAGCGCUAAUCCUUCCAGCACUGGAAUCAUACAGAAUUAUGUUGUAGCUGUACGUACAUAAACAGAACGCUCGAGCGAAAUCAACUUUCUUUAUGCAGAGGAGGAGGGCUGCAGCAUCGAGCUCUGAUAGCGUUUCUGAAGAGUUCAGAGAUAGACGAAUACUCUCAAAAUGGACGGUUAGAGUCGUCUAUUACGUGACCAACAACUUAUAUAAAUCCUAAACUCAAUUAACGAUUUUUCUAGAGAAGUAGCUAGUUGUUCAUAACCGUUUAAAACACUGCGUCAUAUGAGUAGCAGCCAUGCACACAGAAAGCUACAAUAGUUGUAGUUGAAUAUUUUUACUCCAAUAACGUGUCUUCAUCUGUUUAUCUUUGAGUUUGGAACAACCUCAAAUACUUCUUUAAUGCCAACACUGAAAAACAAAGCAGCCAUCAAGACUGCUACUUUUAGCAGAAGUAAAACCCUCAUUUCAGCCUCAGUCUGAAAUGCUUCAUUUCGGCUGCUUUAACGGUGAUCUAAAGUUAAACACAGCUCUUGUGGGUGUAACUUUUCACACAGCUUUGUUGUUACAAAGAGACCUCAAAAUAAUGUCUUUGCACGAAACAUCCAAGGUAAUCCAUUAGCCCCUGAUUAUAGUUAUUAACUGUUAGUUACUGUUAUAUUAGCUGAAGUUAAAGGGAUAUUCCGGCAUAAAAUUAAUUUAAUUUAUGAUCAUUUCUUCAUGGAAAUGCAGUCAGACCGAGACGCUAAGGCAGAAGAACUAUCGCAUCUGCAGUCCAAAAUGAUUAAUAUGGUGAUUAUUACCUUCAAGGAAAUGAUAAAGAAAUUAUCAUAAAUGUUCUUCCUUGAGCUGCGUCACCCCGCUGUAUUCAGUAAUGGACUCGCCUGAGGUGUCACUACAAACAAGCGGCUGCUGGAAGAGAGUAGGUGAGUUGAAGAAAUGUUUAGUCUCUUGUUGAUGAAGUUAGGUGCUGUUCUGAGCAUUAUCUGUGUCUAUAGAGUGGUGUUUUGGUUGAGGUUUGUUUAUGGCUCCUCAGACCGCUGUGUGUUGCUAUCAUGCGGUCGUUACUAAAGUUGGUAAAACUAGAGAAGCAGUCGGCAACAUACAUCUCUUGAUGGCAUGUCUAACUCGGUGUUAUGGUGUGUUUGACCCUAAAUUAAUUUUACGCCGGAAUAUCCCUUUAACCGAUUGCGUUUCCAGCCUUCAUGGAGCCCAAAGUUUCAGUUCCAGGUGACACAAAAAUCCAGCUGGUACCGGUCUUUAGUUUACAGAGGAGUCAUCAGUGAAGUGAUCAGGCUGUUACCCAUCUGUGUAUCUCAUGCUAUGAAACUUAACUCCCUUUAUUUGCAGGUCAGCCUCUGUGUACUACUGCUGCGUUACCAACCUGAGGGCGACAUUCACGGCUUUGUGAACUUCCUGUCUGAGGAGCAAAACAACAAGAAAAAAGAAGGCGUUCUGGCCGAGUGCGAGAAAGACGCCUGUUCCCCAACCAGUGAGGGAGACGAGUACGGAGGACCAGCCACGAACACGUGUGGAGCCAAAAACCUGCCGUCACUGGGGGACAACGAGAUGUUGAUAGGUAAACCGGAUAAAAACGCCUACACUGCCAGCCACCCAAACUAUGGCACAGUGGAUAUGACCACAGGCAUCGAAGCGGAGGAGACGGAGGGCGGUGUGUCCCGGCGGUUGAAGAAGCUCAUUGGACCGCGCUAUUACACCUUAAGGAUUCGAUUGGGCCUCCCGGGAAAGAUGGACAGACCAACGGCCGCCACAGGGAAAACCGUCACUGUGUGUGUGCUUCUGCUCUUCAUCUCCAUCUUUGCUUUCUGCUCCUUCAUCAUUUUCGGUGAGAAGCAUCAACUGAACUCAGACAGUGAGUGAACAAAUCCUGCAAACGUAUUUUGAUUCCUCUUUAUCAAUUUGUCUUCCAGGAUUGGGCAGUAUCAGCGAAGGAAGCUGGUGGGCUUUGCUGCUUCUAAUCUUCUUCAUCAUCUUCAUCGCCCUGCUCAUCAUCAUCAUCAUACAGCAGCCCGAGAACCCGAAGCGGCUGCCCUACAUGGCGCCCUGCGUUCCCUUCGUUCCUGCUUCAGCCAUGCUGGUCAACAUCUACCUCAUGCUCAAACUGUCAGCCAUCACUUGGAUCCGGUUUUCAAUCUGGUGCCUCGUGGGUGAGUGACCACCACCGUUUCACGCUGCAGUUCAUAAACCUGUAAUGUCUCACACACCAUCUGCAGGUGUAUUUUGAUAUCUGUCUGUUUCCCUGUCCAGGUGUGCUGAUCUACUUUGGCUACGGCAUGUGGAACAGCACGCUGGAGAUCACGGCCAGAGAGAACGAGGUGCACGCCUCCACCUACCAGCGCUACGAUCAAGGUGUGGACGAAGGCUUCUGCGGCUUUGACGACGAUUUCUACCCGCCUACCACUGACAACUGGGCUGCGCCUGAGGGGGGAUCGGGGCUGUCGCCGCCCCCCGUGGCAAAACCCGAAAGCGACGGGUCGCCAUCUAAAAGUGGAGGCAGGACCAUUGCCAAACACGGCCUCGCAGAGGAGGAUCCGAUGGAUCUCUGA